AUGGACAUGAUGUGGACGCACUGGCGUCACUUCCCACAGUACGCACGCACGCGCGCGCGUGCGUGCGUGCGUAACCCGACGGACUUCGACAACUGGGCCAGCAUGCACCUCGUUCUCGGGGCCGACGGCGCGGCCGUCUUUCAACACGUGGCGCACACGACAUUCAUCAUCGCGGUCCGACUCCUGGACGUGCCGCCCGCCAUAUCGGGGGAGAGGUGGUGCUGCCUGCCCCUGGUGGUCGUGCCGGGGCCGAAGGAGCCCACGAUGACGCGGGGGUACCUCGCCCCGCUCUGCGCGGACUUGCGGACCCUGCAGUCGGGCAUGCCAGCGACCAGCAGCCAUCUGGGCUUCCGAGUGGCGCGCGCGGGGGCUGGGGGCGUCGCUGGACGGCGUGCGGCGCGAGGACGUGUACGACGCGCCGCUGACGCUGCGGGCGUUCCUCCACGGUCUCAUCGGCGACGGCCCGGCGCGCACUUUGAUGUGCAACGCGUGCGGAAUGAACUCCCGCCGCGGGGCGUGCCCGUUCUGCGGCAUCGUCGGGCGCCGGAGACGCCGCGGAGCGUUUCUACGGGUACGAGCAAGAGACGGCGUGGUACACCGCUUGGCGUCCAGAUGGGGCGGACCCGCCUGCGGUGA